GCUUCGUUGCACGCGACCUGGUGUGUGAUCUCCGAGUGAGAGAGAGGGGGGGAGGGUCGAGGAGGAGGAGGAGGAAAAAAAAAAUCAGACAUUGCAGAAGAAACCAGAAAGGGUUUUGUCGUUGUUGGGGGCUUUUUCCCUUCUUUGAACUGGGUUGCCAGCACCUCCUCUAUCACGGUACCUCCGAGUCAUUGUAGUGCGAUGUCCCGUCUGCUGCAUGCAGAAGAGUGGGCCGAGGUGAAGGAGUUGGGGGACCACCAUCGUCAUUCCCAGCCGCACCACCUCCCGCAGCUACCGCCACAGCCACCUGCUACCCUGCAGGCGAGAGACCAUCCUGUCUACCCGGCAGAGUUAUCCCUCCUGGACAGCACCGACCCACGCGCCUGGCUGACUCCCACUUUGCAGGGCCUCUGCACGGCACGCGCCGCCCAGUAUCUGCUGCAUUCUCCCGAGCUGGGUGCCUCCGAGGCCGCGGCACCCCGGGACGAGGCUGACGGCCAGGGCGAGCUGGUAAGAAGGAGCGGCUGCGGCGGCCUCAGCAAGAGCCCCGGGCCGGUGAAAGUGCGGGAACAGCUGUGCAAGCUGAAGGGCGGUGUUGUGGUGGACGACCUGGGCUGCAGCCGCCAGCGAGCCCCUUCCAGCAAACAGGUGAACGGGGUACAGAAGCAAAGGCGGCUGGCAGCGAACGCCAGGGAGCGGCGCAGGAUGCACGGGCUGAACCACGCCUUCGACCAGCUGCGCAACGUUAUCCCGUCCUUCAACAACGACAAGAAGCUGUCCAAAUAUGAGACCCUGCAGAUGGCCCAGAUCUACAUCAACGCCCUGUCAGAGUUGCUGCAGACUCCCAGUGUCGGAGAGCAGCCACCGCCGCCAGCAGCCUCCUGCAAAAAUGACCACCAUCACCUUCGCGCCGCCGCCGCUGCCACCUAUGAAGGGGGUGCGGGCGCCUCCGCCGCAGCGGGGGCUCAGCCGGCCCCGGGAGGGGGCCCACGACCCACCCCACCCGGGGCUUGUCGGACUCGCUUCUCAGCCCCAGCUUCAGCCGGGGCUUACUCGGUGCAGCUGGACGCUUUACAUUUCCCAUCAUUCGAGGACCGGGCCCUAACAGCGAUGAUGGCACAGAAGGACCUGUCGCCUUCCUUGCCAGGGAGCAUCCUGCAACCAGUACAGGAGGACAGUAGCAAAACAUCUCCCAGGUCCCACAGAAGCGAUGGAGAAUUUUCCCCCCACUCUCAUUACAGUGACUCUGACGAGGCCAGUUAGGGAGGCGACGGCUCCUAGGAAACUGAGACAACCAAAUGCCCUUCCCAGCGCGCGGGAAGCCCCGAGGCAAAGAUGCCAGCACCCUUUUAUUUUUACUGUACAGUGGUCGUUGUUAGCAACGAUGUGACUUCAGAAGGCUGCGGCUCUUCCAAACCCCUUCCCUCCUACCUUCUGCUUUCUCUGUACGUAGAUACAGUAUCAUUAUAUGUACUUUUACGUGGCAUCGUCUUAUAGUCCAUGCUGCCAAUACGCUGCUAAAAUGUCAUAACUCCGUCUCUGGUCUGGGUUCAUUUAUUUUAUACCCCGGGCAGGCGUUCAUCCCCGUGUGUUGCUCUCACUCACAAGCAAGGGAAUUAGUCUAGUCUUCGAAGUUGAAAUUCUCAAACGCUUUAAGACCCGCGUUCGGUGCUUUACUGAACAUGGGCUACUGAGUUGUUAGAACACAGGACCAGAUAAGGGUCUCUGUAGAGCAUAAAUGCCAAGUGUGUCUAGUGGACUCAGAACCCACGCACUUCAUCACUGGCUGCUGCUCUGCCUCGAAGACCCUCAACUGCCAAUUGCAGACUAACUUUUGAUUUUAAACACAGCCACUCAUAAAUCCUUAAACUCUUUGCAAAUGUUUGUUCUUACAAAUGAAAAUUAAAACAAAAACAUGUAGUGUCAAAGGCAUUUGGUCAAUUUUAUUUUGCUUUGUUAAUGUUAGAAAACUUAUUUAUUAUUGAGUAUUUGGACCUAUUUCUACUUCGGUUUUUUUUGUUUGUUUUUUGUUUGUUUGUUUUUUACAUUUUCUACUCGAGAUCAUUUUAUUUUGAUUUAGCAAAUCCAGUUGCCAUUGCUUUAUGUAUGCUCUUUUACAAAUGAUAAAA